AUGCUCUCGCUACAACAGUUUCAAUUGCUCGAAUGUGUGGGUAAGGGGAAUUUUGGUGAUGUGUAUUUGGCCCAUUACCUAGGGAGCAAUCAAGAACCAACUGAUCCAAAAAUCCCUAAAAAUGUACCGCUAGCCAUCAAAUGUAUCAAUUUGGAACACUCCAACGAGCCUAUUGACCUAUUGUUGAAAGAAAUUUAUUUCCUUUCGACAUUGCAUUGUCCUUACAUCACUCAUUAUUAUGGAACAUUUACUGGGGAUUGUAAUCUUUAUAUUGUCAUGGAAUAUUGCAGUAACGGAUCCUUAUUGAAUUUAUUAAGAUAUUAUUCCAGAUUGACAGAACAGACUACGUGCUUUAUCAUCCUGCAAGUAUGCCACGCAUUGGAAUAUUUACAUGAGAAGAGACUCAUUCAUAGGGAUUUAAAGGCUGCCAAUAUUUUACUAAAUGACGACGGGGAAGUAAGAUUGGCAGAUCUUGGUGUCACUGGUCAAUUAAAGUUCAACUCUACUAGACACGGAGGUAAGAAUUUAAACACCUUCGUAGGCACUCCGUUUUGGAUGGCUCCCGAAAUAAUAAAAAACCAAAGCUAUGACGGUAAAUGUGACAUCUGGUCUCUAGGUAUUACGACGCUAGAAUUGCUAAAUGGUAAACCGCCCAUGUCACAUUUAGAUUCAAUGAAAGCUUUGAUGAGAAUCCCAAAAUUGAAUGCAGAUAGUAUUUUACGCAACAUGGACAUUUCACCUUUGGGAAAAGAUUUUAUUCGUUCAUGUUUACAACAAGAUCCUAAUCAAAGACCAACUUGUAAACAGCUUUUGCAACACAAAUGGUUAAAGAAAUGUUCAAUUACAAAUAUAAUGGAAGAGAUAACAGUAAUGAAGACAAACCAAAUUCUCUCUAAAGAAAAGCCGCGGUCCUGUAAACCAAGGUUCCCAUUAUCAGAUAAGGUCUAUAAAACAAACUUACCAAAUCAAUUGGAAAGCUGGAGGUUUGAAGACGAAUCUGUCUUGAGAUUCGAUGGAUUAGGAGAUAUUCCAAACUUAUAUAACAACAGCAAUAACAAAAAUGAAAUGGCAAACAGCCCAUUAUUGACGAAGCAACAGCUGAGAACUCCAAAUAUUUCAACACCGACGUCAGCUUUAUCUCCCACCUCGAUGGCUAUCUCUCCAAAAACCAAUCUUUCUACUCCAGCGACAGAAAGUUAUGAGGAUGUGAGCUCAUCCCCAAGUGAACAAAAGAUGAAACUAGGCCAUGAAAAUCAAAAUAUUGAUUAUUGGAAAGAUGUCUUUCUUUACUCGUUGAAGAAAGUUAGACAAAGAGCCAUCAAUGAGCCUACGAAAGAAACUGUCAAGUCACUUACCAGGUACAUGGGAGAUUUGGAGAAAGAUUUUCCCGGAUUAUCAGAAGCAUUGGUUCAAGAAAUAUCCACUAGGGUCGCAAAAUUGAAAAACCUCUAA